UGUUGAAGGGCUCACGCCGUUUACUAUAGACAUGUUAUCCCCCUAUCUUUUACCCAAAAAAAUUACUGUCCGUGCCUCUGCAAAACCCUAAUUCACAAAUUUCGCAAAAUCAAAUGAAAUCCGCACCGCUCUAGUCCCUCUCUUUUCUAUCCCGACUGAAUCAUGUCAAACCUGCUUAGGCACAAUGCGUAAGACUGAUGGUUUUUAUUUCUCUGAGAGCUGGUAGGUACAUCCAUCGAUUUUGGGGUAAAUGCACUCUAUCCCUUGACAGUUUUUGUGUAUUUGUUUAUCCAGUAACUUUUAGCAGUAUGAUGGAAAUCAAAGUAAAAGAUGGUUCUAGUUUGUGUACUCUUGUACCUGAUGGAGAACCCCAUAUAAUGCAAUCCGGGUCUGUAAGUGAGGACCUUAGGUGCUCAUCUAUAAGCGUGAAAUCUACUCCUGAAAUAGAAAAGAAGUAUGUCCAUCGUGUUUAUGAUGCUAUUGCCCCCCAUUUUAGUUCCACCCGCUUUGCUAAGUGGCCAAAGGUUGCUGCUUUCUUGGAAUCUUUGCCUACUGGCUCUCUUAUCUUGGAUGCGGGAUGUGGAAAUGGGAAAUAUCUGGGUUUAACUCCCAGCUGCUAUUUUAUAGGAUGUGAUAUAAGUGCCCCUCUUAUCAAAAUAUGUGCAGAUAAAGGGCAUGAAGUUUUGGUUGCAGAUGCUGUUAAUCUUCCUUACAGAACAAAUUUUGGUGAUGCAGCAAUCUCUAUUGCUGUGUUACAUCACUUAAGUACAGAGGGUAGGAGAAAGAAAGCCAUUGAAGAAUUAGUCCGGGUGGUCAAAAAGGGUGGCCUAGUUCUAAUGACCGUUUGGGCUGUAGAACAAGAGGAUAAGUCAUUACUUACCAAAUGGACUCCACUUACUGAAAAGUAUGUGGAAGAGUGGAUAGGACCAGGUAGUCCUCGUGUUCGUGGCCCUUCACCCUUCACUUUAGAAAGCAUUCCUGAAACUGAGGAAAAUGGUUCACAAGCACAUGCUAAAGAUUCUAAUGAUAGUUUAACAGAGAAUAUGCAACAAUCAAUGUGUUUAACCCCCCAAAAUGCAGAUGAUGUAUUCGUUUCUAAACACGGAAUGAGUCAACAGGAAUAUUUUGUGCCUUGGCACUUACCUUAUCAUCGUGCUGAAGUUAGUGGUGCAUCUUCUGGUGCUCUUGCAAAUUGUCUGGCAAGGAAAGAUGAUAAGAAGGGUGCUGUAGUGUAUGACAGAUAUUACCAUGUGUUUGGUGAAGGUGAACUUGAAAGGUUGGUAUCUGGAAUGGAUAAUGCUGUGAUCGUUGAUAAGUUUUAUGACAAAUCAAACUGGUGUAUCAUUCUUGAGAAAACCUUAUAGGGCUUUUUAGGGACAGACUAUGCACACCCUUCAUGGUUGAAUUGGAUUUUACACAUUUGUGGACUGCGAUUAAAAAGUUCCCGGCUAAUGAUACUUUACCAUCUUGUAAAUAGUUACAAAGGUGCUUAAUCAAUGUGGUAAAAGAUGGACUUGAGAGAGCGGCCAAACAUAUGGAUUGCUCAACCUUUCUUCCAAUGUACAAUGAGUUGGUAUUACCAGAGUAUGUACUUGCUCUUCUAAAUGAGGCACAUUAGUGAAGAAGUCUGUUCAUAGAUUUUUUCCGAUAAGUUCUGUUUACAGGUUUUUGGUUGUGACUUGUAAGUUUAUGGUUCAUCCUGGAGCGAGGUUGUCAGCUGUUCAUCUGUUCUCCAUGUGAAUUGAGAAUGCAUUAAA